UUGGAUUUGUGGGGAAUCAGUAUGUCCUGCUUUCAUCGGGUUACAAGGAUGGGUCAUGGCUUAAGUGUCUAAAGUCCAAGACCGAUGGUUUGGAAACCGCAUGUUGAGCCAAUGUUUAACAAUAAAGCAGUAGGAUGAGUCUACAGUCUGAGGGUGGCAUGGUCUCAGGGUCCACGCGCAUGUCAACCCAUUGAAAUGGAUCUGAUGUUCAUUGGGUCGAGGUCUUUUGCUAACCGCGACGAUGUUACACGAUAUCCCAUGAGAAGUCUCAGAGUGCAUUUGGGCUCAACGGGCUGCACCUCAAUUGCAGCUUGAAUUUAUGGAGGUCACGGCUCUUUCAGGAUCCACGACCAUCAAGCUUGAUGAGGAGGAGUUGAAUGAGAUGGUGGUGAGUGGAAAAUGCGUGAGAGAAUUGAAAACACUCCUCGCAACUCGAGUUGGAUACUCGAGGUUUCGACAGCGGCUCUUCGCGGAUGAUAUGGGUGAGUUGCGGGAUGAGAUGCUUCUAAGUCGACUGCCAAGCGUUCAGUUGAUCAUCCUGGACCUUCAUGAUGCUGAUGAUGCCAUGGUGGAGCAACUGUUUUGUGCAUGUGAGCAGGGCAGACUGACUGAAGUUGAGCAACUCCUACAGAAGCCAUUGAACCCCAACCUCAGACAUCCCGAAAGGGAAUUUGAGGGACAAGUCCACGAUUUGUUGAAUGGUGAAAACGAAUUCGGGGACUGGGACACGGCCUUGACUGCUGCAGCUGAACAUGGCCACUUGGAAGUGGUGUGCUUGUUGCUCGAGGCUGGAGCUGACAAGAAUGCGGCAGGUGAAUUUUUUGGGGGAACCGCCUUGAGGGCUGCAGCUACGCGUGGCCACUUGGAAGUGGUGCGCUUGCUGCUCAGGGCCGGAGCUGACAAGAAUGCCGCAACCACUGAUAGGGAAAAAGCCUUGAUGGGUGCAGCUGAGCAUGGCCAUUUGGACGUGGUGCGCUUGUUGCUCGAGGCCGGCGCUGAUGGGGCAACCGCCUUGAUCAAUGCAGCUUUCAAUGGUCAGUUGGAAGCGGUGCGCUUGUUGCUAGAGGCUGGAGCUGCCAAGAAUGCCGCAAACACCAAUGGGGAAACAGCCUUGAUGGCUGCAGCUGAGCACGACCACUUGGAAGUGGUGCGCUUGUUGCUCAAGGCCGGAGCUGACAAGAAUGCCGCAACCACUGAUGGGGAAACAGCCUUGAUGCGCGCAGCUCACAAUGGCCACUUGGAAGUGGUGCGCUUGUUGCUAGAGGCUGGAGCUGGCAAGAAUGCCGCAAACACCAAUGGGGAAACAGCCUUGAUAGGCGCAGCUAAACAUGGCCACUUGAUAGUGGCGCGCUUGUUGCUCCAGGCCGGAGCUGACAAGAAUGCCGCAGCCACUGAUGGGGAAACAGCUCUUAUCUUGGCAGCCGCGGAAGAUGUAACAGUGUUCACUCUUGCAGAUCUGAAUGGCCCCUUGGAGACUGCACAAUUUCGGCAGUCCUAGUGCGCAACCACCAGGCCCAAAGUGGCCGCCUUCAGUCAGCGAGGGUGUCGGAGAAAACGGUCACCUUCAGACAUACGCAGCG